AUGUCUCGUGAAGGUUUCCAAAUCCCAACUAAUUUAGAUGUUGCCGCUGCUGGUACAUCUCAAGCUAGAACAGCUACUUUGAAAUAUAUUUGUGCUGAAUGCUCCAGUAAAUUGUCACUUUCUAGAACUGAUCCUGUCCGUUGUAAAGAUUGUGGUCAUAGAAUUUUGUUGAAAGCUAGAACUAAGAGAAUGGUUCAAUUUGAAGCUAGAUAA